AUGUUUUCAAAAAUGAUGCUUACAUUGAUUAUGUCGCUCAUGGCAUUGUUGGCAUAUGCUCAAUCGGUUACGGUCACGUAUCACUACAACGGAUUCGAAAACCAGGAGGAUCUUCCAGCGAAUACAUGUUCAGAAAUGACGUUUCAAGACAACCCACCCACGCGUAUCAGCACAAUGGGAUCAUCUAUUGAAGUUUAUCAUGACCUGCAAUGUCAAACCCCACCCUUUAUACGAGGCAAGGAUGUUGCUCUUGAUGGUAGCCCUGUUGGUGCUAUACGUUGUUUCCUUUAA